AUGAUGCCAAUUCUGGAUCCAAACCCAGCUCAUCAUCUUCACGGUCAUGGACAUCAAACAUUUUAUCACCAAGAACAUAUACCCGAACAAGCUGGCAAGAUGCAACUGACACUCAUCUUGCCAAAUGGAAUUCCAUCUGUUAUUAGCGUUGACGCUAAUACACCAAUGAUGGAUUUACUCGUGCAAGCAGCAUCAUUAAAUAAACUUAAUCCGAGCAGUUAUUCGCUCGUUGUACUCGAUUCAAAUCAGCAUCUUAUUCAUUUCAAGGCUAAUCAAACCGUUGGGCAAAUUGUUCAAAAUUGUCAAUUACCACAAAUAAACGGUUCUACCACAAUUAGUCUCCUUCCUAAGGAGGCAACUCAAGUAUAUUCCCCAACAAAACCCAAAACUCAGCCAUUUGAAAUAACAGUCCGUUUACAAGUUAACUUACCAGAUGGACAAAAAAUUAUCUUACGUAUUGAUCCGAAUUUACCUUUGCAUGAAAUAAAAGAACAAAUAUGUAAACAAAAAAAAUAUAUUGAUUCAAAUCGAUAUACAUUACGUAUACCAACUAAACCCGAUCAGCGAUUAUUACUUGGAUUAUCAUUAGCUGAAUAUAAAACAAAUGAACUUACAUUGGUUCAUCUUAAAAAUGAUCCUGAUUAUCUUAAAAAUCAAUUACAAUCAUUUGAUCGUCUUUAUCGUGUACGUUCAGAAAGUCAUUCGCCGAGAGAAACUGUUCAAGAGAUUGAAAAUGAACAACAAGCAUUAACGAACAGUAAACAACGUCCGGCAAGCGUUCAAUUAAAUCCUACUGGCUCACCAACACAAGGUCAAAAUGUUGCAUCAUUACCAGCACGUUCAACACGACCAAUAACAUCGCAUACGUCACUUCAUGCUUAUUGGAAUGAUCCGAAUUUUGAUACACAAUCUCAAACAUCAAAUUCUUCAUCAAUGACAAAGAAACGACGUGCACCUAUGCCACCUGGUUAUGUUAGUCCGCCAUUACAGGAACAACAAAAUAUGGUACUUCAUUCACCUGAUCAUCAUCAUCAAAGUCAUGAAUCUCUAACAGAAAGUAUUAAUGGAACAAAACAAAAACGUAAAGCUCCAGCUGUACCAAUAGCAACUAUUCCUCAAGAAACUCAAACAGAUGAAAUUGUUGAUAAUCAACAAUUACAAGCAAACAAUGUUGAACAACAGAAAAUUAAUAUAAAAAUGAGCCCUAAUGAUGAACAACGUUUAUUAAAUCUUUUAGCUGAACAACAGGCACCAAUAACUACAACAUUACUGGUUACAACACAAGCUCCACAAGAAAAUCUUAAUGAAACACAUUCAGCAACGCCAAUUUAUUCUCAAAUUCAAAAGGUUACUAAAGAAGUCGUACAAAUUGAAUCUCCGUACUCAACUGUUCAACAAUCCCCAAAAACAGCUAUACCUGAACAUGAAGAAAUUCUAAGUACGUCUCCAACAAACUACUCAGUUGGUGAAAUUGUUCAAGCUGGCAUAGCUGAACCUCCAUCAGUAUCACCUCGAACAACAUUGAAAGAAUCAUCGCCAGUGGAAGGUCUUUUAAAAAUUGUAAAAGAUCAUAAUGAACGUGCUGAAAUUCAUCAAAAAAAUGAGAAGCAACCAGAAAAUGUAUCCUAUUUUCGUGUUGCUAAAAGUCGCUGUGGUAAAUUCGAAACUGAUAGUCAAGGUUUCGUUAGUAAUUCAAAUAAUAUUUUCGCUGCAACUGAUAAUAAUCAAGAACAGCAACAACCAAAGGUAGUAAAAGCUUCUGAAACAACAACAACAACAACAACAACAACCCGAAAACCAACACCUGUUGUUGCUCAACAACAACAGCAAACAAAAGGUAAACAAGCAUAUGAUCUGUUAAAAAAAUAUGAAAAAGAAGAACAAAAUCCGCAAUCUCAAAUAAUCGAUACUGAAUAUUUAAAAACUAAAGUAAAUGAUAAAGAAAAAUCACCAACACCACCAAUCCAGCUUGAAGUUACCGAACGUACAACUCAUAUUUCAGUAACUGUUGAAAGUGAUCGAAAACAAUUAAUAACUCGAGCUUCACCAGUGCCACAACAACCAUCAACUUCACCUUCAAUUUUAGCGCCGAAACCAUUUGGUAAAACUAUAACAGAAUAUCGUACUGUUAGACGAAUUGGUAAUGAUGGUGAAACAACAACAACUACUACUGUUCAUACACAAACAAUACCAUCAACAGCUAACGAUAGUAAAGAGUCAGCAUCUAACAUUAAUAAUGCUGAUCAAACGAAUUCAAAUUCUACGACACAACAAGAAUCAACAAUAGAUGGAAGUCGACAAAAUGAUGGUUCAGAAAAUUUAACCAAAAACUAA